AUGGCUCCUCCUGAGGCUCGCCUCAUCCCCAAUGACCACCCCGAGAAAGUGCGCAUGCUUGUUCUCGAAACAGACGAGCCGCACCCGGAUACACAGAGAGAGAAAGGAUCUUUCGGCGACGUGCUCAACGAGCUCUUCGUGAAGGCCGGAGAGGAACACGACCCUAAACUCGGUAUUGAGACGGUAAUGCAAUAUGUCGUCGAACCGGAUGGUGGCAAGAUCCCGAAGAAGGAAGAGAUUGGGGACGAUGUACAUGCGAUUUUGAUCACGGGAAGCGUGUACGAUGCGCAUGGUGACGAUGAGUGGGUUAUGAAGUUGAUGGAUCUUAUCAAGUAUUUAUGGAUUAACCGUCCCGAUAUCAGAUUUACUGGCAUAUGUUUUGGUCACCAGAUCCUCGCCCGGACAUUGGGGGGAACAGUCGAACCAAACGCAGACGGGGAAUGGGAGUUGUCACACACAGCUAUAACCCUUACCGAUGUCGGAAGGUCGCUUUUCAAUCUCCCCUCCACGGAAAAAUACAUUUACCUGCAUCAGAUGCACUUGGAUCACGUUGUUGAUCCGCCGUCCUCAGAGGGCAACGAACUCAUCAAGUCCGGGACCAAGGUGCACGUUUGGGGGCAGAGUGAACACACCGGAGUCCAGGGGUUAUAUAUCCAGUGUCGAUUGUUCUCCACGCAAGGACACAUGGAGUUCGACGAAAAGAUGGUAAAGAGGCAAUUGGAGAUGCGUGUUGAGGCUGGAUCGGUUAAGCUAGAGGAUGCGGAUGAGGCCGCCGAGAGGGCGGACUGGAUGCACGAUGGAUUGAUUGUGGCUAAAGCUGUGUUACGAUUCUUUCAUGGAGAUGAUGAUUCUGUAGAGUAA